AUGAGCAAAUCACAAGAAACAAAACCAGAAGAUUUAUUUGGUGGUUCCGUGGAGAAGGAAGAGGAAGUUGUGGAUGAAUCCAUCAAGAAGGAGGAAGAACAAGAAGAUGAAACUUCUCAAAAGAAAAGAACAGAACCAACUUGGGCCACACAGUUGAGAAAGGAUGAGUUAAAUUUACAACAAUUAAUUGCCGAUUCUAAUAUUGAAAUUGAUGAAAAGAAAACACUUACACUUUUACAAGUACAAGAAUUAUAUAGUAUUGCAAAGAAGGAACAUCAAAAUGCUUUAACAAAUCACGAAUCGGAAGCAGAUCAAUUCGAAAAGGAAUUCAUUGAAAAGGGUACAAUCAUGGAUAAAAUUGCUUCCUUGUCCUUGCUUGUACAAGAAAAGCCAAUUUUGAGACUGAACCACAUUGAUGAAUUGAUUACAAUUUGUAAUCACCCUAAGAAUCACAGAGCUGCAGAACUUGCUGUCAAGACUUCUACAGAUUUGUUCCAAAAUUUACUUCUUACACACAGAACACUUUUUGAUUUUAAAGAAAGAGAAAAAUCAAACAAUUCAUCAAUAUCUAUGUCAACAAUAUAUCAAGCUGUUCAUCAUUUUGAACGUUUAAAUAACAAGAAAAAGAAGAAGGAAAAUAUGCAACAAGUUGGAAGCGUUUUAGGAGCAUGGUAUUUUGAAGAAUUACUCAAGAAGAAGUAUCAAACAUUCAUUAAUGAAGUUUUGGCUGAAAAUAUCAAAGAAAGAGCCAAUGCUUUGGAUGUUGUGACAAUAAGAACUAUGAGAAAUAUUCGUGACUUGAUUAAGGCUAGUCCAGAAAGGAGAGAUACUUUAAUUGUUCUCUUGGUCACAAAGUUUGCUGAUCCAAAGAAUUCUAUUAAUGCCAGAGCAUUGUACUAUUUGACUGCUCUCGUCAAUUCUCGAGUUGAAAACAAUCCUCACUUGGUUACCUCAUUGGACAAGAUGUUCUUGUGUAAAUCAGUUUGUGAAUUUUUGUUAAAUAACAAGAUGGAUGCUUCAAAGAGAGGUUUCGCUGCAUCUUUCUUAACAAACAUGACUUAUACACCUGAACACGAUGCUGAUGUUGCCGAUUUUGUUUUGAAGAGUUGUGUUGAUGUUUUAAAGGGUGAAUAUUUGGAUUUGGUUAAAUCUCAAAAGAAGAAGAAGAAGGAAGACAAGACUCAAAAUCUUACAAAUACUAACUUCCUUGGAUCUUUGCUUUCAGGCAUGUUCAAGAGUUUAAAACAUACCAAGACAAUGUUCUCACCUGAUGAAGAUACCCUCAAUUUACUUUUCAAGAUUGCCAGAAUUACUCCAUUGCUUACUGCUGUUAAUGCCUGUAAAUUAAUUUACUCUAUUGCUUUUAUUUCCAAUGAUGAACGAACGCUGACACGUUUCUACACCUUGCUUUACGAUAAAUUACUUGAUGAAGGACAUACUGGUUUCAAGGUUCAAAACUUGUUGUUGGUUGUCUAUGAAACAGUUCGUGAAGAUUUGAAUCUCAAGAGAGUUGCUGCUUUCUGUAAGAGAAUUUUACAAAGUUGUUUCACUUGUUCAAAUCCAGGUUACAGUGCUGCUGUUCUCAUGGUUAUUGAUCAAAUUCUUAAGGUUAAACCUGGUCUUCAUUUGAGUAUGAUUCAACAAAAGAACUUUUUGACACCUAAGAAAUCCGAUGGUUCUAAAGAUAUGGAAGAUGAUGAAGAAGAAGCAUUCGAAGAUUUUGAUGAUGAAGAAGAAGCUGAAGCCAAGAAGGUUGAAACAAGAGUUCUCUCAACAAAGGAUGAAUCUGUUAAAAUUGUUGGUAAUGAAAUUGUUAUCGAUGGAUUUGCUCCAAAGAAGACAUCUGAAGGAUCUGAAAAGCAAGUUGAUUCAAAGAAGAAGACUGUUGCUUCACAAAAGGCCAGAGGUACUAAUCCAUUCACAGAAAGCAGUGAUUAUGACCCAACAACUCCAAAACCAGAAGCUGCCAAUGCCUUGACAACUGGUUUAUGGGAACUCAACAUUCUCAAGCAUCAUUUCCAUCCAAGUGUUGCUGAAUUCGUUGAUCACAUCUUUUCUCAAUCAGGUAAAACUCUCUACAAGGGUAACCCAAUUGUUGACUUCUCAACCACUGCCUUCAUUGACAAGAUGAUGUUCAAGCCAGUUUCUAAGAAGGCCAUGAAGGAAAAGGGUUCAGGUUUGUUCUCCAAGUCAAAGGCCGCUCAAGCUGCUGAAAGAGUUAUCAGAGGAGCUUCCGGUGUUAACACUAAGGACUUUGCUGAGUUGCCAGACGAAUUAGUUAAGGCUGAUGAACGAUUCUUCCACAAGUUUAUGGUUGAAAAGUUCAAGAGAAAGGAUGAACUCGAAAAGGAAAGAGAAGCAAGGGAAGAAAAGAAGAAACUUUCAAAGGGAAGAGAGGAAGAAUUCCUUGCUGCCAUGGAUGACAACUUUAGUGACGAUGAAGAUCCAUUCAAUGAAAUGGACGACGAGCAAGUCAUGGAACUUUUGCAACAACAAGAAAGUGACGAUGAAGAUACCAUGCCAGGUGAAACUGAAGGUUAUGGCUUUGAUAUCACAACAGUUUCUGACAAGGCAAAUAGAGACGAAGUUGCCCAAUUGAUGGACGACGAUGAAGACGAACUUCUCCAACAAGAAAAGGAAGAACUCCAAAGAGAAAAGAAUCCAGAACAAGGUAACAAGAAGAGAAAACAAAAGCCAACAACUAAGGCUCCUGCUCAAAACAAGAAUAAGAAACAAAAGAGAAAUAAAUAAGUGUUUUAAGC